UUUAGAUCAUUCGACUCGUUACCUUUUUUUUUCCACCUCCGUCUGAAAUUUUCCUUUUUCUUUUGGCUCUCCCCGAUCGAGUUGCAAAGCGUUGUUCCUCUCUCUAAUCGAAGAUCUAGAUUCUACAUACGUUUGAUCUCUCAGGUUUGCUUCUACUUCGACUACGCUUUUCUCCGCGAUUAUGAUGAUGUCUUCUUCGUUCCUGCUUUCACACAUUGGGUUGGGUUUCUCCGUCUUCUCGAUUCUCGAUCCUCCUAUUCGCAUCGACGCCCAUAAAUCUAGGGUUUAUACCGAUUGGGAUGAGUGAAAGCUAGGGUUUCACCGAUACGGAUGAUGGAUUCGAGUUUUUCUUCUUAUUGUACAUUCGUCGGAAGCUAGAUCUCGCUUCUUGGGGAUUCUUCGUUGUUUUUGUUGUAUUUUAGGGUUUUGAUACUAUGAAAUCAUCGAAGCCUAUCGAUUUCAGUUUGUGAAUUGGAAACUCGGAUGAACGAUCGUUCGUCAGCUAUGGCUUGUUUGGACUGAAGAGAUCUAUUGUUUUUAGUGGUAUUUAGGUUAGGGUUAUGAAUGGCGAUUUGAAUUUAGGGAUUUAUUUGGGUUUUCUGUGGACGUGGUGCUCUAUGAUACCUGGAUUGAAUUUGGGGUUACAGUCAGAGGAUUGGUGAAUUCAGAAACUCCUUUACUUCUGGACUUGUUACCCUUCUGAAAAUUUAUGUAUGGAUCAUCAUGGAUGAAGCAACAAUGCUCGACUCUGUGGUUCAGUCUUCUAAAGUUGGUAUUUUCUCAAUGUUUAGUAUGAAUUACGAGGCGCCAAGGAGAUACUCACAGGGAAGGCAUUAUGGAGUCAAGAGACAGCAAGAUUUCGCUGCAGAUGUAGUUUCGAGAGGACCUUAUGGCCCUUAUGACAAUACAAUGAAAGGUCCUUAUAAGCGUUCAAGGAAUCUGGUUUGGAAAGCACCAGGGGGCAACAGGCCAAAACAGAAUGAAGUCAAUGGGUCAACAAAACCACCAGUUUUAGGCACAAGAUGUUCUGUGUCAAACCAGCCGAGAAAAAAUUCUGUGUAUGGGCCUAAAAGCUCACCUAUCUCAGACACCAGAGGCUGUGGGUCCAGGGAUAACAGCAGUACUAAAAAAAUUGUAUGCAAGUACUGGAAAGCUGGAAACUGCAAUAGGGGUGAGCAGUGCCAAUUCUUACACUCUUGGUCUUGUUUCCCUGGAUUAGCCAUGGUAGCUGCUCUUGAAGGACACACGAAGGAUAUAAAGGGGAUCACCCUCCCUCAGGGUUCCGAUAAACUCUUUUCAGUCAGUUGCGAUGGUACAUUGCGAAUUUGGGACUGCCAUACUGGUCAGUGUGUACAUACCAUCAACCUCCAGGCAGAGGCAGGAUCUCUAAUCAGUGAAGGCCCAUGGGUCUUCCUUGGAUUGCAAAACGCUGUAAAGGCUUUUAAUGUCCAAACCAGUAAAGAUUUGCAUCUUGACGGGGUGGUUGGUCAGGUGCAUGCAAUGACUGUUGCAAAUGGAAUGCUAUUUGCUGGAACAAGUUCUGGCAGUAUAUCAGUCUGGAAAGCUACUGACUCUGAGUCUGAUCCUUUCAAAUAUCUCACAUCUCUCGAGGGACAUCAUAGUGGUGAAGUUACUUGUUUUGUUGCUGGAGGUCAACUACUAUACUCUGGUUCUGUCGAUAAAACUAUAAAGGUGUGGGAUCUCAACACCCUGCAAUGUAUUACGACCCUGAAGCAACAUAUUAACACUGUCACGUCACUCUUAUGUUGGGACAAGUGUCUGAUAUCGUCUUCCUUGGAUAAGACCAUAAACGUUUGGGCAUGUUCUGAUAAUGGAAGCUUGAAAGUUACUCAUACACGCAGACAACAACAGAGUGUCCAUGCUCUUUGUGGGAUGCACGAUGCAGAGGCCAAACCGAUCAUAUUCUGCUCUUACCAAAAUGAAACAGUUGGCAUCUUUGACCUACCAUCUUUUGAAGAAAGAGGAAAGAUAUUCUCUACGGACACAAUCAGCACACUCACAGUUGGUCCUGACGGGUUGCUAUUCAGUGGAGACAAGAGUGGGAACUUGCGUGUAUGGAGCUUAGCUGCUGGCACCAAAGUUUAGUCAUUUUCGACAAAUGAAUUAUGAUUUAAUUUGUACAUAGAUUGGUGAUAAGAGAUAAAGAGAGUUCUCUUUUGUAAUGGUUGAUAAGAAGAGUCGCAGAAUUAUCUCUUUUGUAAUGACUCAAAAGAUAAAUUUACUAAAUUUAAUUUCCAAAUCCUUCCUUUAACAUAA